ACGUUCAUAUAGUAAUGUUAUUAUUAAGCAUGCUUAAUUAAGCAUCGCAUAAUCUACUUCAUAAUCUACUUCACUAAAUAAUUGUAUUAGUUUCUUUUAUUUCUUGAUUGUGUGGAACAGUGGCUUCUGUAUUUAUUAAAAUGGUAAAGCACUUAGGAAAAGAUUCUAUUGAACCAAAGUUGAUACCUGGUAAAUACCAGUUUUACACUAUGCGUUACUGUCCUUAUGCUCAAAGAGUUCAGUUGGUAUUGAAUGCUAAAAAAAUACCACAUGAUCCAGUUUUUAUAAAUCUUACUGAAAAACCAGAAUGGUAUUUGAAAAUGUUUCCUGCUGGUAAAGUGCCAGCAUUAACUUACGAAGGAAAAUUUUUAUCAGAAAGUUUACUUUUAGCUGACUUUUUAGAUGAACAACACACUCAAAUACCAUUAUGGUCAAAUAGUCCAUUACAAAAGAUAUUAGAUAAGAUAUUCAUUGAAUCCUUUGGAAAGGUUGCAUCAAGCUUUUACAAGUUUAUGAUGACUGGAUCAAAAUUAGAGAAAAAUAAUUUUGAUGAGCUUGUAGAAUAUAUAAAACUUAUUGAAUCUGAAUUAAAAAUAAGAUCUACAAAAUAUUUUGGAGGUGAAAGUCCGAAGAUGGUAGAUUAUAUGAUUUGGCCAUGGUUUGAGCGUAUUGACUGUAUUGGAAUUUUUUCAAAAAAUUUGUUUAUUUUUCCAUUUGAUAAAUUUCCCAAACUUGCUGAAUGGAGAAAUGCAAUGAUUACAGAUGAAGCAGUUGCAAGUUAUUAUUUGUCUCCUGAGAAACAUGCUCAACAUUUCAUUAAUAGAAAAGCUGGUUUACCCGCUGCUUUUGAUUUUUAGUAAAAAAUUUUACUUUAAUGAUUAUAUUUUUCACUGUAUUUUUUAAAUUUAUUACCACAAAAUAUAAGUAUUAAUAAUUGUAUGUAUUUAUUAAUAUUGAAUUUA